GAGAUAGGAUAAGGAGAGAUUAUUAAAUUCAAUUCGAUUCUGGUGGAUGGGAAGAAGAAGAAGAAGAAGAAACAGAAUCAAAAGGAGAAUCUAAUUAUUACAGUAGAGCAUUUAUACUUCUCUAUAUCGAUAUAUAAUCGCAAUAAUCAUUCUAUAAAUUCACCCCUCCCCCCACAGAAUCCAUACGAUUUCUCUCGCAUUUCGAUCGGCUAUGGCGACGAGGACGAAAUACCGCUUCCUGCCGGCGACUGACCGCGACGCGCCGAUCAAUUCCGACACCCUGUUCGAAUUCGACGAGUCCGACGUCUGGAGCGCCGGCCGCGGCGCCUCUCCGGAGAACCACAGGAAGGCUGGGAACUCCCGAGUCUCGAGGAGGCAGUCGUCCGUCGCCGCCCGGGAGGCGGCGACGGGGUCUCUGCCGGUGAAUGUGCCGGACUGGUCGAAGAUACUGAAGGACGAGUACAGGGAGAACCGGAGGAGCGAGAGCGACGAGGACGGGGAGGAUGAAGGCAGGGGAGACCGGAUUCCGCCGCACGAGUUGGUGGCGCAGCAGAUGGCGAGGGCCCGGAUCGCCUCCUUCUCGGUGCACGAAGGCGUCGGGCGCACCCUCAAAGGGAGAGACCUGAGUAGAGUCCGCAACGCGAUUUGGAAGAGAACCGGGUUCGAGGAUUGAUCAUCUCUUUUCUAGCUAAUUUCCCCACAAGCUAAGGAAUGAAGAAGCUAAGGAAUUUUUCAAUUUUUCCCACUUUUUUCUUCAUAAUUUCCGCUACCAUAAAUUUAUUAUAUUACGGAUUAUGAUAUAAAUAUAUAUUACGAUAAAAAAAAACACUCGGUAUUUAAAUUCCAUAUAAAUUAAAGUUGUGGAUUAAAUGCAUGCUAUCCAUACCUUAUGUAGUUAUGUGUUAACAUUAUUUAUUUAAUAUGAGAGAAAUUUGGUCUAUCAUAGUAUCAUCUUGGCAUUCUUG